UAUAAAUCAUGACGCAGUACGGAAUAAUUAGUUCCACUAAAAAUGAGUAUUUAUCCAAGGAAUGAUUCAUUUUGUUUCAGUGGAAGGAAGAAGUAGCAUAUAAGUACAUACGUUGAACGGUUUAGCCAACUAAGAAAUUGAGAAUACUGAACUGACAAGUAUAUAAAGCUUAAGUGGUUAUUAGUGUGAUCUUUGAUCUUGAUUCAUUUUAUCGUAGUAAUACACUUCGCGCGAAGCUUCCAUAGCAGUUUUCUACCGUCUCUCUGACAGAAACUAUCACAUUUUUUUUGUCAACAUUCCACGCCUAAACGAUCGCAUUAUGUCUCGAUCACUCUUACUCGUUUUUCUCUUCGUUUGCCUAGUCUAUAUUUCUCAAGCUAAUCCUUUACCCCAAGAUGCGCAACAAUCUGUGUCGAGUAAUUUCGACGAUUUAACCAAUAAAGCGAAACAAAUUUUCGAUGAUGCGAAAGGAGCGCUCGAGAAAUCCGAAUUAAAUGAUGCCCUGGAAAAAGCGAAAUCAUUUAUUGGACAGGCUGGUGAAAAUAUCCGUAAAGAAAUAGAGAAGAUUGCGGAAAAGUUGCGUGAUUAAAUUUGACCAACAUAAUGAUUUUCUUUAUCCAUUUGCAUCUGUAAUUUUUAAAUUAAAAUUACGUUUUUAAUGGAAACAGUAAUUUUUUUAGGAAUUUGUAGCUUAAUCUUAUAUAUAUAUUUUUUUUUUCGUUUCUCAAAUAAAAGUUACAUUUAUUAUUUUAAAUUUUGUAUUAAGUACUUAUAUUUUUCUGGAAAAAAUAAUAUUUAAUUUUGGUACAAAUUUGAAACAAAAAAGUUAUGUACAGUCAAUAUAAGAAAGUCAAGAAUUUUAAAUUGAUUAAUGAUUAAUAUAAUAUAAUUAUAUCAUUUAAUAAAAAUUUUUAGAAUAAAUCGUAAAGAUAUAUAAAGAUAUAUAAUUGAUAACAUACUUUUUAUUCUUUUUUUCCUUUUUUAUCCUUUAAAAUAUAUUUUAACUUCCUUAACUUGUUUAAUUUUUAUAAAUUAUUAAUAAAUAUAUAUUAUUAAAAAAUUCUUGAUGUUUAAAGAUGAAAUAUAAUUUAUUAUUAAUUAUAUUUAAACGAAAUUAUAUAUAUAGACAUUUAUAUCAUUUAAUAAACUUUCUCCUAAUAUAAUAUAUAUAUAAAUUAUAAAUUAUAAGCAUGAUUAUCGAUAUUCUUAAAUGUAUUAUUAAUUAAUACAUUUAGUAUGCUUAUUCUAGUAUAGAAUAAAUAAAUUAAGAAAAAUAAAAAUCGGAUGAGAAUUUUUAUUACAAAUAACAUGUAUCAUAUAAAAUGUUACAAUAUAUUAUAACGUAUAACGGAAUUGAAAUGGUCAUGGGUCAAGGCUUCUAUUGACCGACAGCACACGUAUAGAUAACCAGUUGUUUCAUAUGGACUUCGGAAAAAUGAUGGCAUGAAUAGUGCACAUGUAAUGUAACAUGUAAAGUCAACAAAUGCAUCGAUAAUUAAAUUUUUCCAUAGGACCUUGUUCUCUUGACAUACUCUUAAUCAUUAAUAAACUUUUAAGAUUACAAACAUGAUUAAAUCAUGGGAUAUUGGUAAAUAUCUCUCUUUUUUUAUAAUUGAUUCUUGGAUGUAUAUUUCUGAUGAUAAUGUAUAAAAGAAGACGUAUACAAAUUAUUUUUUUUUUCUAAUGAUUAAUAUAUUAAGAUAUAUAAAUAUUAAUUUAAUAAUUUUCAUAUUUUUGUACUUUAUUAAGAUAAUAUAUUAUCUUUAUAGAGAUAUGAUGCAGUGACAUUCGUUUUUAUUUUGAACUUUAACUCGUCGAUAUCUAUGUAAAAUCGACUAUCAGUGUAUUUAUUAGUUUAAUGAAUGUAUUGUAACGUUUAUUUGAUUAUACUUUUAAUUUUUAGAGAUAAAAAAUUAAAUUCAAAUAAUUAUUCCUAAUAUUAUAUUUUUAUAUUCAUGACAUUGUAUUUUAAUUGAAUUCCUCUGAUUAUCUUUUUAACAAAUUGCUAAAAAAUUUAAUCACAUUAAUAAUUAUGGUAAAAAAUUUUCCAAAUCUUUUUUCUAAAAAUAUUUAAAGAAGAAUCAAAAAUCAGAAUUCGAUCGUCGUCAAAGCGAGAUAGUUGAUUGUGCCCUCGUGCACCCUCGAUAAGAAUCGCCUAUAAAAGUAGUGACUCUUCAACUGACAAUAUCAGUCACUUUCUAGUUGUUUCACAGUGAAUACCUACAAGGAAAAUGAAAAACAUCCUUGCGAUUAUCUUUAGUGUUAUAUUGAUUUCGGAGGCCAAAGUUGCUCCGACUAGUACUACCAAUUCUCAAGGAUCUCCUGAUAUUCAACUAACCGAACUUAUAAGCCAGGCUCAAGCAAAUAUCAACAAUUUAGCGAAACAAAUUCAGGAACAAUGGAAUAUCCCUGAUCAAGAGACUAUUGUAAAAACUGUCAAAGAUCAAAGCACUAAUUUCGUUAACAAUAUUCAAGAUUACAUAAAGAAUGUUACUGAAGAGGUCAAAACUAAAACUCCCGAAUUGGAAAGAUCAUGGAAUGAUGUUAAAACUAUGCUCAAUAAAGUCGUUGAUGAUAUUAGUAGUGGAAUUCCAAAUGCUCAGCAACAAGUCGCUGAAUUACAAAGUAAAUUCCAGCAAGGAGUUCAAACUUUGCUUAAAGAAUCUGACAAAGCUGCCAAAUCUUUGAACCAACAUUCUGGAAAAAUACAAGAAGACCUUGCAAAGUUCACAAAACAGGCAGUUGAUAUUGCCGUACAAGCAACGCAGAAUCUAAACAAUCAACUUCAAACUGUCGCAGCUCAGAAAAGUUAAAUGACUAGUAUUAAUAUUUCUUAUUAAGAUUGAAAAUAUUAAUUAUAUAAAGAAAAAUAAAAAAAUAUAAAAAAUUGUUAAUAUAA